AUGGGGCAAGCCACGCCAGCUGCAGGACGCGAUGGACUCGUUGCAUACAAACAGGCCCUCUUGAAUCUGGCCCAGGCUCCUCGAUGGAGAGGACUCAUCAUCGGCACUGUUUCGUUCUUGCUUGUUCUGUGGAUAUGGCAAGCCAACUCGGACCCGAACGCGCCUGGUUCACAGCUCUACAAUAAAAUCUCAGGCCGACCGUCACAUCAGGAUUUUAUGUGGAAGCCGCCAUCUGUGCUUGAGCCAUCCGAAUUCACGAUAGAUCUCGAAGAGGGAAAGAGUUCGACUGCACCUAGCGGACUCAAGAAGGAGAAUCCUCAAUUUCAUCUUCUGAUCCAUGCGCCAAAGAUCACGAGCAAUGUUUGUCGAAGCUUGUUGUCGUCUUUCCUUUUGGACUAUCCGACGCCGACCUUGAUAGGCUAUAGGCCAUUCCCGCCCAAUGAGACUGUAGAAGGAGAUUUCUGGCUCGACUAUGGUCUUGCAGACACCACCGAAUAUUUGACAGAGCAAAAUCGUAUCUCGGACGAUGAUUUUAUUGCCAUCGUUGAUGGCGAGAGCACCAUAUUCCAGCUACCUCCAGAAGCUCUAUUGACCGAAUACAACGCGCAGACGAAACACGCCAAUGCAGAGCUGGAUAGCAAAUAUCGUGAUAUACCAGUCAGGACAGCGAACAAGCAAAAAUUGCAACGCUUCAACCAAUCAGUAUUCUUUGCAGCAGAAUACGAAUUCGUGCAAAAGCCCCACAAUGGCUUCCUGAGCAGAUUCAGACUACCUGAACAGAGACUUUCGACACAUCUCAAUGACAACCUUGCAAUUGGAUCUGGCUCAGGACUUCGUCAUCUGUUCGAAACAGCGUUAGAGCAGAACUCUCGUAUUGAGCGCACUGAUCGUGAUACCUUCAAUACCAUGUUCGCACAACAAGGGCUACUUCGUGCAUCACAAGCCAAAGAGCAGCGCGAGUUCAAAGCAUGGCUGUCUCGCAAUGUGCUACCGUCCAACAACAAGCUCAAGAAGAAGUUGGCCGAGGACUAUGCAGCAGCCAAACAAGACCUGGGAAUUGGUCUUGACUACAAGGCUACUCUCUUCCAGACUAUUCCAGCCACAGCACAACAUGUUGCCGACAGCGUUAUUUCACUGUCCGAACACCCUAGCUUUCCAGUUCCUAAGUCUCUCAAGAAGCUACGGGAUCCUUUUACCCUUCACUCUUCGACACCACACCUCAAUUCCACCAGCGCAAUCCUUGUUCAACAUCAAGACAAGCUACCUCACACAUCACACUGGACAGACAUCCCCCUCUUCACCAACCCAGUAUCUCAACAAGUGCCCUCACUAAUCUCCAUGCUACCUCCCAAAGCCAACGCCCAAGCAGACACAGCAUCAGGUCUACUCACCGCCCCAGAUACCAACAUGCGCGAACUCUGGGAGUCCAUGUGGUUCUACCCCUACGCACGACCCCUGCUCAAACAAUACCUUUCCAAAUCCACCAGCAAGGAGAUUGCCUCUGAAGCUGCGGUGGGUGGAGAGCGUUGGUACGAUGCCCGUGGCGGCCGUGGCGGUGUCUGGACAGUCGACAAUGAAUGGCUCGAUGCUGCAGACCUAUGUGCACCCUUUGGCAAAGAGAUAUUCGAAGAUGGAUAUAGAGGUUGGGAACAUGCGGUGCCUGAUGGUGUUGAGCUUUCCAAAGUGGAAAAGACUCCUGAUGGGAAGGGGAUUGUGAUUGGCGAGCAAGUGAGGAAUGGACAGAUUCAUAAAAUUGUUGCUGUUCAAGCUGAGAGUUGA